CCCUUUCAGGAGCCAGCCAACAGUCAUGGUCGAUCAGCUGUUAAUGUUGAGUGUAGCCUCAGUAGACGGAAGUUACUGCUGUGAAGAUGUUGCUCUACUGCACCUGUCUUCUGUCCAGACUACCAGCACAAAGGCAAUCUUUACUAAAUUACCCAGCAUUUGUAGUAAGUAGGAGAGGCUUCAGUACUGAUGGUGGAAGUAAAAGAGACAUCUACUGUGGCAACACAACCCAAGACGAGUGAGGCGCCGCCACCACCUUCUAGACCGAGAGGAAAAUUAGGACUGACGGAUCACCGGGUCAAUAAAUUUGAAAAGUAUUUAUUAGUAUGGGGAGGAAAGUACAAGACUGUCCAAGAAGUUCCAGAUCUUGUAAAUCAGGAUGUCCUGGAACGUGCCCGUAACAAAGCGAGGAUCAAGAUUAAUAUCAUGAUGUGUGUUGCAACUCUGUUGAGCUGCCUGGCUAUGGUCUACGCUGGGAAAAGGGCUCAAAAAAGGGGCGAGUCUGUGAUCAAGAUGAACGAAGAUUGGCACAAGAAGUAUAAUGAAGAGGCUAAAAUAGCCCAGGCAAAGGCAGAUCAUGCCAGUAACUAGUUUAAAAAAUUUCCACAGUACUGUACUGUGGUUUGUAAACUGUAUAUACAUUUUUGUAAAGAUAACCAGACAGUCAUUUGUUAAAUCCCCAAAAUAAUUUUCUCAAACCAAUUUUUUUUUACAUGUAUAUGCUAAAUAAUAUGAAUUAUUGUUGAGUUGUAAUUUAUAUGCAGUAUUUAUCACUAGAAAGAUAAGUAACUUUUUUUUUAUCAUCUAUUUAUACGAGGUCUGUCCAAAAAGAAACAGAACUUUUUAAAAAAACAAAUUUAUUGCUUUACUUACAACUUAAUCAGACAUGUCUCCUUCAAAGUACUCCCCUCUACUGUUGAUACACCGCUCCCAAUGUUUUUUCCAGUUCUGGAACGCAUCUGGAACGAGUUUUGGGGGAUGGUGUGCAGGUCUCGUAGCGAAUUUUCUUUUAUCUCUUUAUCAUUUGAAAGCUGCGACCUUUCCGGGUGGAUUUCAACUUUGGGAACAAAAAAAAAUCCGCAGGGGACAAAUCCGGAGAGUAGGGCGGCGGGGGACAAUAGUCGUCUCGUGCUUCGCCAAAACGUCACGGAUAAGGAGCGACGUAUGAGCAGGUGCAUUGUUGUGGUGCAGCAUCCAGGUCUUGUUUGUCCACGCCUCAGGCCUCUUCCUUCACACUGCCUCCCUCAAACGCUUCAGGACCUCCAAGUAAAACUCUUUAUUGACUGUCUGACCACGUGGAACAAACUCAUGAUGAACGAUGCCCUGCCAAUCAAAAAAGACCAUCAACAUCACCUCCACAUUUGAGCGACUCUGACUUCCAGAUUUGGGAUCGUCUUCGGUGGAUGUUCUUCUCCUUUCGAAACGCUGGUACCACACUUGACAUUGCGUACAGCUCAAACAAUCCUCCCCAUAAGCCUGUUGCAACAUUUGAAAAGUCUCCUUAAAAGUUUUUUCCAAUUUAAAGCAGAAUUUCACGCAAACACGUUGCUCUUCAAGAUCCUUCAUUGUUCAACUUGCAACAAAUCGCCAAGUGCACUAAACACACGUUCACUAGCACGUGUAGCUCGAUGACUAAUUGACGUGGCAUGAUGCGGCUAGUGUUAGACUAAAGGUCAAAAUCACCGCUACACAGUGCUCCCAUCGUGAGCACGCUGCGCCGGUUCGUUGACGCGCUAUUUAAAAGUUUGGUUUCCUUUUGGACAGACCUCGUACUGUGUUGUGCCCACCACCAGUGGCAGGGUAGUCCAUAAUCCUGUAGUCUAUCAGGGUGGCAAGGGAGUUCCAGUUUGUCUAGUAUCUCAAAAGCAGUUUUAAGUUCUUAAUCAAAUGUGCAAGUGUUCAUAUGUUGAUAGGAAGAACUUUAUUAAUUUGGGGGGUAAGAGAUAUCAUUUAGGUUCAUUAAAUUCUAAAUGUUCUCCCUGGGGUAAAGAAUAACUGUGUUCAUUCUGGGAUCAUAAGGUCAGAGUCAUUCAAGGAAUUGACUGGAAAAUAGUAAAUUCGGUAUAACUUGAGUUUUGUUUUGUGCACAUUCAUCAAACAUGUGGGUCUUUCUUUUGCAAGAAAGAUCCUUUUCUAUUUGGAGUUCAAAAGUCAGUGGUUUCAGCAUAUAACUUCAGUUGCUGUAUGGAAUUUAGUGUUCAUCUUAAGAAAUGUAAGAUGUGUUCUCCUUGGGUAAGAAUGAAUCUUGUUGAUUUCAAAGUCAAAGGGCAAGGUUAUGAAAAAUAGUUUCCAUGACAACUUAUGGCAGACAACUCAUAUAAGUAGUUAUAUUCAAACUACUUUUGUCCUUAGGUUCAAUUAUGUCUUGUAACUCAACUGUACCACAGAUGGGAAGUGGAAAUGGUAUUACUGUUCAUAGUUCUCUUGUUUAUAAAUCCAAAAGUUUAAUAAAAUAAUCAUCUAUAUUUUUUUAUUGUGCAUGACAUAAUCCUACAACUAAAGUAUUUUCUCAGACCAAGACAUAUUUUCUCAUAUACUGAACAGUACAGUGGGGUUUAAUUUUACGUGGAUCUCACAUGUAGAAUAAAAACUUGUGUGGUUGGUUGAAAUGUGAUCUUAUGCAGAAAACUGUGGGUAGUAGUAUAGCAUUAAUACAGCAAAGUGAUUUUUUUGUGCUUAUUUAGCCUCAAAUGUAGCAGUUUUAUUCAUUUUAGUUAUUGACAUUACUUUUGUAAUGUAUCAGUACUGUAUUGUAAUGAAUAAAUAUAAUAAAAACUGGUCAAUGCGGCAACACCCAGUCCUCGAACGCCCCUCCCCCCCCCCUCUCUCCUUUGUGGAGAGAGAUCAUUGGUCAGGGAAGAAAUAACCUGAUUCGGCUUGUCGUUUUAUUUUCAUGUUCAAUUACAAAUCAUAUACGUACUGUACAGUACAUUAAUGUAUUUUUUCUAUUGUUUAAUACUGCUAUAUUAUUUAUGAUGACAUACCUCCAGGUAAUAAUAAACAAAGAUUGCCAUUGGGUAAUUAUGUUUUGACACCCAUAUGCUGCUUUACAUCGAAAACUCCAAUAAACUCGUGCAUUUACAUGUAAUUAUUAUGAAAAAAUUUAAAUUAGAUUUUAUGCUUUUCAUUGUGACGUGUACAGCCAGUACAGUAGAGUCCCCUGAGUGUCAUGCAGUGCUCCUCCCAACACAGAUCUCGGGUGGCUUGUCCGUGUGACACAACACGCCACUUUAUUAUCUAUAGAAAUUUUUUGACAAAACUGUAAAUCAUAAUGAAAUCUAAGCGCCAAAGUGUGGAUGUGUGGUUUGUACUGUAUUAUGCCAUUUAUACUAUGAUAGACAGUUGUUGUAGGUAUAAUAUACUGUACUAUGAUGUAGUAAAUGCUAGAGUAGCAUAAGAAAUGGAACAAUUUAAGCAAUAAAACAAUGGAUAAAUAAA